AUGACGUCAGUGGACAGCUCCGGUUUAAGUGUCUCUGGUCGGCUGAGACCAUGGGAUCUACUUCAUGCGGGUCUGGCAGUUGCACUGCUGUUCGGUGUAUGGAGUGUUGGUGGACUGGAGGUCUCGACAGGUAAAGUGUCUACACUUGAAGCAAUUAAUGGUUCCACGGUCCUGCUGCCCUGCACCUACUCCUCCUGCAUUGGUAUCAAAAACCUUUACUUCAACUGGCACUAUGAUGACAAUGGAACCAUGAUAAAGUUAUGUGAAGCGGUGAUUCCUAUUGAGGGAGUGGAGCCCAGGGUCUUUGUAUACCAUGAGCGUGUGGAGUUUGUCGGCUCCUCAAAGAGCAACAACAUCUCCAUCCUGCUGUGGAACAUCACCUUCGAAGAUCAGGGAAACUACCUCUGCUUCGCCAGGAACGAAAAAGAGAAGUUCCGCAACCACACUGCUAUCUACACUCUUCUAGUGGUGGACCAAAUUAAGGAGGUUGACAAAUCGUUGACAGUGAUCAUUGUCUCAGUGCUGGGUGGAGUCAUUGGCUUAAGUAUCAUUUUCAUGGUGAUAAAGGGCUUGGUUGUUCACUUUCUGCUGAACGAUGGUGAGAAGAACAAAGAGUGUCUGGUGAGCUCAGGCAAUGACAACACAGAAAAUGGACAUUCAGGAGCCAAAGCAGACAACAAAGGGACACCAAAGGCAUGA